AACGGCGGCAGGCGCGAGCGAUGUGUUUCAGCCGCUCCGUCACACCACCGGGAUCCCGCGCUCCGAUUAUCAUCAUCAUCAUCAUUAUUAUUAUUAUUAUUAUUAUUAUUAUUUCUCCCUCCUUUUUCUGCCGUUCUUUUGGUUAAACACACCGUUUCACCUCCACCGGAGCCGGUUCGGUUCGGUUGUUUUAUUUUUCUUGUUUGUUUGUUUGUUUUCCGUUUUCUGAAGUUUGAGGUUUUGCUCGGAUCGGAAUGUAGCCGUCACGCGCGCGCGCUGCCUCGGGCUCUUUAUUUCUGUUUAGGCGACUUCACGGAUGUGUGUGCACGAGCGGGGAACCAAACAGAACCUUACAGAACGUGACUGAAACGGAACAGCACCACACACACACACACACACACACAGCGCGCUCACGCGCGAAGCCUGCAGCAGCUCGCGGACCCUCUUUUUCUCUAAUCAUUUUAAUUAUUUUAUUUUAAACCGAGAGACAGAGAGAGAGAGAGAGAGAGAGGGAGGAACAGGAACAGAACCCUGCUGGAUCCGAGAGCAGCGCGUCCUGAGCCGGACUCCUCCUCAUUCCUCAGGACCAUGGUGUUGGACAAGGAAGAGGGAGUGCCGAUGCUCUCCGUCCAGCCCAAAGGCAAACAGAAGGGCUGCGCUGGCUGCAACCGCAAGAUUAAAGACCGCUACCUGCUCAAGGCGCUGGACAAAUACUGGCAUGAAGACUGCCUGAAGUGUGCAUGCUGCGACUGCCGCCUGGGCGAGGUCGGCUCCACCCUCUACACCAAAGCCAAUCUCAUCCUCUGUCGCAGGGAUUACCUGAGGCUUUUCGGGACGACGGGGAACUGUGCAGCCUGCAGUAAACUGAUCCCUGCGUUUGAGAUGGUGAUGAGGGCCAGAGAGAACGUUUACCAUUUGGACUGUUUCGCCUGCCAGCUGUGUAACCAGAGGUUCUGUGUAGGCGACAAGUUUUUCCUAAAGAACAACAUGAUCCUGUGUCAGAUGGACUAUGAGGAGGGCCAGCUCAACGGCAGCUUCGAGACGCAGGUCCAAUAACGCCAACAUGAUGGAGGCAGCGCGCACACACACACACACACACACACACACACACACACACACACACAGAAAGGGAGGAGCAUCUGUCUGCUUGCCUGCAAUACUUUUUACAGUAACAGAAGCCCUCAUUGGUUUGGUCCUUUAGGACUUUGGUGUAAAUGUUUUCCAGCCUUUCCCUCGACUCCGAGUGUUUCUGAGUUCUGAUCUACAGUCGUGCUGCGUCGCUGAGCACUGUAUUGCCUGUUUGGGUUUUUGUGAUGUUUGUUUUUUUUUCGUUUCUUCCUCGUUCCUCUCAGUGAGUUAAGAUGGUAAGAUGGAGGGUGAUGUACAGUCUGUUUUUUUCUGUAUAUAUAAACUGGAACAUUUAUUUUAUGAAAUUGUAAUGCAAUUUUAUUACUAGUGUGAAUUAAAGAACAAAACACGA